AUGUACAUCAAGUGUUAUUUCACAUUCAUUGCAGAUACUAUUACUGCUCAUGAAAGUAGUGGAAAACCUAUAUAUGAACAAAUUGAUCUCCUCAACAGAGCGAAGCAGAAACUUUGUGAUGCGCCAGGCACUGCUGCAAAAAGAAGUGAAGAAAGAGUUGAAAACAGUGCUUCAAAAGAAACUUGGAUUAAAUUGUUUAUUGUGGCUGAUAUUUUGGCAGGAAAGAAGAGCAAAACUGAAAUCUGGUUCGUAAUUUUACAGUGUCUUGAAGCAACUCAACUUAAUCAAUAUGAUUACAUUGUUGUUGGUUCAGGUGCCGCCGGUUCAGUCAUGGCUAAGGAUCCUUCUAACAAGAUUCUCCUACUGGAAGCUGGGGACAGACCUAACUUAGCUAGUGAUAUUUAUGGACUAACUUUGAGUACAGUUGGUUCGGGUGCCGCCGGUUCAAUUAUGGCUAAUAGAUUAUCUAAGAAUCCUUUUAACAAGGUUCUUCUACUGGAAGCUGGGGACAGACCUAACUUAGCGAAUGAUAUUUAUGGCCUAGCUUUGAGUACAGGUAAUCCAAGAUUGAAUUGGAAUUAUACGUCGCUCCCACUUAAAAGAAAUGGGCAAGGAUUACGAGGAAGGCGCCUUCCAGCAACAGCAGGUAGAAUUUUGGGUGGUUCAGCUUCAAUAAAUGCCGGUCUCUACUUUCGAGGUAACAGACGUUACUACGAUAAUUGGGCUCGAAAUGGUGCUAUCGGUUGGGACUGGAAAAGCGUUUAUCCUUAUUUCUUAAGGAUGGAAGAUAAUCGAGAUGUUGGGAUUGUUGCAAACGGUUAUCACGGUGUUGGUGGUGAUUUAGUUGUUCAAUUUUCACCUUUUCACACUGCAUUAGUGAAAGCAUACAAAGAAGCAGCGAAAAGUAUUGGUUAUCCGUAUGGAGAUUAUAAUGCAGAGCAUCAAACUGAUUUUAUGCAGCCACAAGGUGUAAUUAAUCGUGGAAUAAGAUGGAGUGCUGUAAAAGGAUUUAUCGAUCCUAUAAUCGGAAGAAGGAAUUUUCGUUUGAUCACUUCAGCAUUUGUAACUAAAAUAUUAAUUGACGAAGAUAAUAGAGCUUAUGGUGUUUCAUUCGAUCACGACGACAAAAAUCUCACCGCAUUUGCAAGAAAGGAAGUGAUAAUAUGUGCAGGAACUUUGAAUUCUCCUAAAUUACUUAUGCUUUCGGGAAUUGGACCGAAAAAUAUUCUACACAAUUUACACAUACCAGUGAAAGCUGAUCUUCCUGUAGGGAAUAAUCUACAUGAUCAUGCUUCGACUACAACAAUGCAAUUUCUUGUUAACUCUGAUACGUUUUCGGAACAUCGAACUACUAAAGAAGAUUACCAGGAAAUUCUAAUUAAUGGAACCGGCCCACUGACAACAUUAGCAGGAGUGGAAUCAAACGGAUAUAUCAAUACAAAAUACAACGAGAACAAAGAUUGGCCGGAUGUAUCUCUACUUUGGCUAUCUUCAAGAAUACCAAAUGCAUUUUCAAAUGCUAACGAUGGAAUAGAAAAACUAUAUGAAAAAUUUCAAAAUCAGGAUGUGAUUACGUGUAUGCCAAAUCUUAUGAAGCCUAAAAGUCGAGGGGCGCUGACAUUGAAUUCCAAUGAUCCAUAUGAGAAACCUCUAAUCGAUUUCAAUAUCUUAUCUCAUCCUUAUGACUUGAAAGCCCUUGUAGAAGCUUUAAAACACUGUUUAAAAAUGGCGUCUUCGAAAUCUAUGAGGAAGUUUGGUGUCAGACCUCUUCCAUUUAUUAUGCCUGGUUGCGAAUUUUAUGAGCCAUUCAGCGAUGAAUAUCUGGCUUGUAUGAUUUCUGUUUUGCCUCUUUCGGCAUAUCAUUUUUCUGGAACGUGCAAAAUGGGUCAUCCUAACGAUCCAACUGCUGUAGUCGAUCCAACUCUCAAAGUUAAAGGAAUCAACGGUUUAAGAGUAGCUGACGGAUCUAUCAUUCCAACAUUGAUAACUGCUAACACUAUGGCGCCCAUUAUGAUGAUCGCUGAGAAAGCAGCAGAUAUGAUACUUCACAACUUAUGA